ACAGUGCUCAAGUUUCAUUUACGUAUACUAAAUGUUUUUUAACGUGUUCAAGUUAUAAAUUCUGAAUUUAGGUAUACAAUAAGGUGCAAAUAAGGGUGUAUGAAAGCUAUGUGGACUGUUGUGACAUUAUUUUGUUUAUUGUUGUGUUUUACAGCAACAAAUACAGUUCAUGGAGGCAGAUAUAUUAGAGAAUCAGCAAACCUUGAGCCCGGAAACUGGAAAAGUUGUAAAGAGGGAACUUCACCACCAACCCGGGUUGACACAGUCGAAAGAGUAACGAGACUGAGAAGCCACUUUGCUGAUGCUGGAAUACAGGCAUACAUGAUACCAAGCGCAGAUGCUCAUCAGAGUGAAUACCCAUCUCAAUACGACAAAAGAAGAGGCUUCAUCACGGGGUUCCAAGGAUCGGCAGGAGUCGCUGUCGUCACAACAAGCAAGCAAGCACUAUGGACUGAUGGUCGAUAUUUUCUGGAGGCCGCAGAGAGACUUGAUUGUAACUGGAUUUUAAUGCGUCAAAGGGAAGCAGGUGUUCCAAAUAUUGUUGACUGGAUAAAGCAAGAACUGAACAGCGGUGAUAGCUUUGGAGCUAGUCCAUUUCUGGUUGGAAGCUCCGAUUGGAAAUAUUACCAUGAUGAGCUUGCAAAAGGAGGAAUAAAUAUGGUAUCCGUAAAUGACGAACUAGUUGAUAAAAUCUGGACGUCAUCACAGGGACGACCAAAUCAGCCUAGCACGCCGAUAAAUGUGUUGCCCCUACAGUUUUCAGGACGCACGUGGCAAGAUAAAGUAGACGACAUGAUAGCAUCGAUGGAAGAUGAAAAUGUUGACAUGAUGGUUGUCACUGGACUUGAUGAGUCUGCAUGGCUUUUUAACUUGCGAGCAAGUGACAUACACUACAACCCCGUCUUCAUUUCUUAUGCAAUUGUUGAAAAGCAAAGACUCACGCUUUACAUACUAAAUCAUAUUGCAAAGAUAAUAGCUGAACCAACUGAUGUCGCUUCAACAGUAACAGUAGCUGGACAUCUCAAUACAAAUAACGACGGAACGUGUACUGAUAAAGUUGGCAAAUGUGUUGAGGUUAAAGCUUACGAUCCUGCAGUUGUAUUAAAUGAUGUGAAAGAAAGAUCAGAGCCUGAAAGUGUCCGCAAAGUUUGGAUCGGCUACAACUGUAACUUUGCUAUUUACUCCGCUAUCAAUGAGAGUAAAGUUUACCAAGACAAUACACCAAUGGCAACAACAAAGAUCAUCAAAAAUCCUGUUGAAGUAACAGGCAUGAAAAAAUCACAUAUUCGAGAUGGCGUUGCACUGAUUUCAUUCAUGGCAAAACUAGAGAAGGAGGUCCAGGCAGGUGAGAGUUGGACAGAGUUAUCAGCAGCACUAGCGCUUGAUGCGGCUAGAGGAUUACAACAAUAUAAUAGAGGGACAAGUUUCAGUACUAUAUCAUCGUUCGGUUCCAACGGAGCUAUCAUACAUUACUCAGUUACCAACGUUACGAGCAUACCUAUAACAACAGAUGGGAUGUACCUCUUGGACUCAGGUGGACAAUAUCUAGAUGGUACAACAGAUGUUACUCGAACUUUCCAUUUCGGCACACCAACAGAGUUUCAGAAGGAAUGCUAUACACGUGUGCUAAUGGGACAUAUAAAUUUGUUUCAAGCGAAAUGGCCAAGAGGAUUGUAUGGUCGAGACCUAGAUGCAUUUGCAAGAGGUUCCCUCUGGGACGUUGGACUGAUAUAUAAACAUGGGACAGGGCAUGGUAUUGGAAUGUAUCUCAGCGUUCAUGAAGGACCUGUGUAUAUGAGCUCAAACCCCAGUUCAACAAAAAUAAAACAAACACUAGAGGAAUUCAUAUUCAUGUCGAACGAACCGGGUUUCUAUCAAGAUGGAGAGUUCGGCGUACGUUUGGAAAAUAUUGUAAUGAUCAAGAACGCUUCCACAACUUACACAUUUCCUGGGACCCAGUUCUUGGAAUUUGAGCACGUCACACUUGUUCCAUAUGAACCAAAGCUCAUCAAGCUCGAUCUUCUCAAUGACAAACAGAUAAGUUACCUGAAUACGUACAACAAGAUGGUCAGAGAUAUUGUCGGACCAGAGUUGAAGAAACAGAGGAAAAUGGAAGGAUAUGAUUGGAUGAUGAGUAAAACUGAAAACAUCGAUAUCAAAAAUAUGGACAAAACGUCAGGAGCAGACAGGAUUUCAACUUUUCCCGUUCUCUCAUUGUGCGUUGUUAUUUUAACUAUUGUAUAUUGUUAGGUCAAAAAGUAUAUGUAAUCAGUCAUUUUCGCAUUUGAUAUUUAUCAUGUAAUUAAAUUUGUAUGGAAAAUAUAUUCAGACUGUAUAUCCGACCUCCAAAGCAUGGAUAUAAUUGUGUAAAACAAGAACAAUUUUUUAAAAGUAAAGACAAUGCGAAACAAGAAUGGUUUGUUAUUCUGUUACAUGAAAAAAAAAACUUUUCAUAAUGAGAAUAGAUCUACUAAGUAAGAGCAAAACAUUUUUUUUUAAUUUGAUAUGCAAUAUAAAGAACUUAUCUGAGAAUUAAUAUGUAAGUCAUACAGCAUACGUGUAUAAUAUUACACAGUCAAUGCAAUAUACACGUGUUUACUCAUUCAAAUAUCAAAAUAAAAGUGUCAUUUUGG